ACAAAAACAAAUGAAUUGACAAAUUGAAAGAAAAAUAAAAUUUCGCAGCAGGUAAAAUCAAUAGUGACAGUCACAGAACAGACAUAGCGGUCGCCAUGUUCCACUUCAGCGGCUUUAAUAUGAUGUUCCCGGAGGGACGAAGCUUCCAUGCCACAUACAAGUGCUACUCGGUGUCGAUGCUUCCUGGCAAUGAGCGCACCGAUGUGGAGAAGGGCGGAAAGAUCAUAAUGCCGCCCUCGGCCCUGGACACGCUCACUCGCCUGAAUGUCGAGUACCCGAUGCUCUUCAAGCUUUCCAACAACAAGAAGACGCGCUCCUCGCACGCUGGCGUCCUGGAGUUCGUCGCCGAUGAGGGCAAGUGCUACCUGCCCUACUGGAUGAUGCACAACCUGCUGCUGGAGGAGGGGAACAUACUGAGCAUCGAGAGCGUUUCGCUGCCAGUGGCUACGUUCUCCAAGUUCCAGCCGCACAGCACCGACUUUCUGGACAUCACCAAUCCCAAGGCCGUGCUGGAGAAUGCGCUGCGCAACUUUGCGUGCCUCACCAAGGGCGACGUUAUCGCCAUUAAAUACAACAAGAAGAUCUAUGAGUUGUGCGUUCUGGAGACUCGGCCCGGCAACGCCGUCAGCAUCAUCGAGUGCGACAUGAACGUAGAGUUCGAGGCACCAGUCGGCUACAAGGAGCACGAGCCCCAGCCCUCAGGAUCGGGCCAGCAGGGCGCACAGGGAACUGGGGGCAACGAUGCCAGUGCCCCUGGGGCCGCCCUUGAGGAGGUGGUGGAGACAUUCAAGGGCUCUGGGGUGCGCCUGGACGGCAAGAAAAAAAAGGAGAGCCAGCUGGAGACGCCAGUACUCAAAAAGGUUCUGCCUCGCGGCGUUCCUGACUACGAAUUCAAAUUCGGGCAUAUCCGCUUCGAUCGCAACAUAAAACCAAUCAGCGACCGUGGAAACGAUGAGGCCGCUGGCUCAGAGGCUGGAAUGGAUGCAGACAGCUUCCACGGCACGGGCUUCUCCAUGAAGAAAACACGGAAGUAGCUUGUAACUCUUAGCUCUAGUUUUAUAAUGUUCCCCUCGGCCUGGACCUGGGACAUGACUCUAUAGACAUAAAAUGCUUCAAAGGUUUAGCGUCAA